AUGGCAGACCUGGGUAUUUCCUUAGCACUGAUUGCAGCUAUAGUGCUUCUCAGCGAGGCUGCACGCCGGGCAACAGCUCGACUCUUCUGCGAGGAUUAUUGGAUUUACCUGGUGGAGGCUGUGUCCACCUUCCAGCUCUGUGCAUGCACACACGAACUCAAACUGCUGGGGGAAGUGGGUCGAAUCGAGUCGUACGUCGGCUUGACCCUGACUUACAUCAUGACAGCUGUGCACAUAUCUACUUUUCGGUGCGCGUCGUGCAACCCCAACGGGACUCUGGAGAACGUUUACCGCGGACACAUCAGUAGGAAAGCCGCAGCUGCUCUGGUAGCCUGCCAGUUUUCUGCAGCCGUCGUUGCGCAAUUCGCGUCAGCCUGGCUGUGGACUCUGGGCUUGUCCGACCUUCACGUUCAGCACGAGAAGUUCGGUUUCCGAUGUUUCGACCCCAUCAGCGGGACUCUGGUCGAAGCCGCCGCGGUGGAGCUGGCCUGCGCUUUCACGGUCCAAGCUGCAGUGCUGCACAUACACAAGCUGGACGAGAAGUUGAGGGUCCAUGCCGGAGCUGCUGUCAUCACGCUGCUGGUCUAUGCAGCAGGCAGUAUUUCAGGAGCUGUUUUCAACCCAGUUCUGGCGUUUUCCAUCCAGUUCCCCUGCAGUGGCCAUACCUACCUGGAGUACUGCUUUGUCUAUUGGCUGGGCCCAGUCUUAGGCAUGUCAAGCUGUAUAUUACUCUUUGAGAAAAUCAUCCCUUUUCUCUCUGGAAAGAGCACCACUGGACUUGAUGUUCCUGCUGUCCAGAAGAAGAUUCAGUAGUAUCAACCUAGUGAUGUGCGAAGUCACCAUGUGUGACUCCGGUAAUAGUCUUAGUGGUCUUAAAAUGUGAUGUUAAAAUAGUGUUAUUUUAUUUAUUUGGUUUAAGGAUAGGUAGUAAAAGUACUCAGUGAAAUUUCUCUCAAAGGGAAAAACAGCACAAUGCUAAAAAGGAUCUGAAUACAUGUUUUUAUGAUUACCUUAUAAGACACAAGCUCCCUCUUAAACUCGUGUUUCAUGACUCAAACUGAUGAGAGCGUACCAAGAGGGAAAGAUGGC